AGAAAAUAACAGGCAUCGCGUAGACGAAAACAAAAACGAAUCCGGGCAAGCAACCGGCUCCUUGGCCGUCUCAUCUUCCCCUUUCUUUCUUCCGUGUUCAAGGUCUCCUGGAUCCUGAUUCCGUUCGAUUCGCCUCGCCUCCACUCCGAUGAUAGAUUCUUGCACAUCUGAUAUGUUAAUGCGUGCAACAUUUUUCGGUUUUGUUAUUUCAGAUAUUUUUAUCUAGUUACAGAUGACUAUGACACCCUCUAGUGAGGUUUACUCUUAUCACUCGUUACCUGCACCAGGAGUUGAAUACGGUCUUAAGGACGAGAUCCAAUCGAAGGUUAUGGGUACUAUAGGGAAUGUGAUGAACUCAUUUGAUCCAAAAUCGUUGCCUCAGCAACUAGAAGGGGCACUGGGAACAGCUGGAAACAUCAUUAACUCCCUCGAGUCAAAAUUGUCCGGCCAAAAGACGUUUGAUUUCGAUGGUGGAAAUGAUAUUCUUGAUGGAUAUGAAUGCCCUGACGACUAUUGGGGCUCUGUACCAGUGAGGGCACCAAAGCCAGUUAACAUUAGAAACCUGCUGGGUGGUAUGAUUGCAAUCAUUGGUCGCAGUUGUAAAAAUGAUGAAUUUCAGGAAUCGAAGGACUCUAGGACUAGCGUUUCAUUCUUGGGCUCAAGUAGUGAUGGAGAUACAUCCUUGCAUUCCUCCGUCUAUGCACCAAGUGCUCCACCAUUGCUUGAUGAAGAAGCCUUGGGUUACAAUAUUUAUCGGGUUGUAUUAGAGGCCGAACCACCAGAAUGGCUACCCGAUAGUUAUGCUAACUUGUGCAUGCAGUGUGCUGCGCCUUUCACUGCUAUUGCUUGUGGAAGGCAUCAUUGUCGUUUCUGUGGAGGGAUAUUUUGCAGGGCAUGUUCGAAAGGCAGAUGUCUUUUGCCAGCAAAGUUCCGUGAGCGGAAUCCACAAAGGGUUUGCGAUGCAUGUUAUGAUAGGCUUGAUCCGUUGCAGAACUUAUUGAUUAAUUCUGUCAGCAAUGCUACACAAAGUGCAAAGCAUGAUGUCAUGGAUUGGACAUCUGCAAGAGGGUGGUUAAAUUUGCCUAUUGGACUAACAAUGGAACACGAGAUAUACAAGGCAGCAAUUUCCUUGGGGAGCUAUAGUCAGGUUGCAAGGAUAAACCCGGAAAAAUCUAUUCCUCAUGCAGUUCUUAGUGGAGCAAGUGGGCUUGCUAUCCUGACAGUUGUAAAAGCUGGUGCAUUUCUUACAUACAAACUGGGAACUGGCCUAGUAGUUGCUCGAAGACCAGAUGGAUCAUGGUCUCCACCGUCUGCUAUACUCUCAACUGGAUUAGGAUGGGGAGCACAGUUUGGUGGCGAGUUGAUGGAUUUCAUCAUAGUGCUUCAUGGUCCGGAAGCUGUGAAGACCUUCAGCAGCCGAAUGCAUUUCUCCCUUGGGGCAGGUUUAAGUGCUGCAGCAGGACCUGUUGGCAGAGUAUUAGAAGCUGAUAUUAGAGCUGGUCAUAAAGGCUCGGGAAUUUGCUAUACAUAUAGUUGCAGCAAAGGUGCAUUUAUUGGGGUUUCACUCGAAGGGAACUUUGUUGCCACCAGGAUGGGUGCCAACCUGCGGUUUUACGGUGACCCGUAUCUGACAACCGGCGACAUUCUUAUGGGGAAUGUGGACCAACCAAAUGCUGCUAAAUUUCUGUACAAAGCACUGGAUGACCUGUACUCGAGUCUGGAUUGCUAGCACCAUGUAACUCUCAAUCUGUACAAUAUUUAAUUUGAUUCCAACUGUAAUUAGAUGCGUUGAUUCUAAAAAUGCUUCUUCAUUUUGGCGGGCAGGGUUUGUUCCAUCGGUAUGACUGAAAAAUGCCAGAUGGACAGCUGCUGCGUGUCAUUCCAUAAGGUGGAAGUCUGUAAAGUUAUGCGAAACAUAAACAUGUUCAAACUACUAUUUGUGCGAAGAUGUUAGAUUUGGGUGAAGAGGAAAAGCAAUGUAAUGACUUAAAAAUCCUAGCAGAAAAUGGAUGUGUAAACUAAAAUUCCGAGGUGGGAUA